GUCAUGUGCCAGCGCCCGUCGCUUUUGCUGUACGUCAUCCUCGGGAGCCCACCCUGACGAAGGCGGAGAGUAGACAGCAGAACCGGCGGUGGCGGCGGCGGCGGCGGCGGCGGCUACGCUGAGACAGUAGUAGCGGCGACAGCGACGGCGGCAGCGAUGGCUGGGGCGGGGCCAGCCCCGGGACUCCCAGGUGCAGGAGGACCCGUGGUCCCGGGCCCUGGCACUGGCAUCCCGGGCAAGAGCGGCGAGGAACGCUUGAAGGAAAUGGAGGCGGAGAUGGCCCUGUUUGAGCAGGAAGUUCUAGGGGCUCCAGUACCCGGAAUCCCAACUGCUGUGCCUGCAGUGCCCACGGUCCCCACGGUAGAAGCGAUGCAGGUCCCAGCGGCUCCUGUGAUUCGCCCAAUUAUUGCGACCAACACAUACCAGCAGGUCCAGCAGACUCUGGAGGCCCGGGCAGCCGCUGCAGCCACAGUAGUUCCUCCCAUGGUGGGUGGCCCUCCUUUUGUGGGUCCUGUUGGCUUUGGCCCUGGAGAUCGGAGUCACCUGGACAGUCCAGAGGCUCGAGAAGCCAUGUUCCUGCGGCGAGCAGCUGUGGCCCCCCAGAGGGCCCCUAUCCUGCGUCCAGCCUUCGUCCCCCACGUGCUACAGAGAGCAGAUUCCGCUCUCUCCUCUGCAGCAGCUGGCCCCCGCCCUAUGGCCCUGCGGCCCCCUCACCAGGCCCUCGUGGGCCCCCCUCUGCCUGGUCCUCCUGGACCACCCAUGAUGCUGCCACCAAUGGCUCGGGCUCCAGGGCCCCCACUAGGCUCCAUGGCUGCGCUGAGGCCCCCUCUGGAAGAGCCAGCAGCACCCCGAGAGCUGGGCCUAGGCCUGGGGCUAGGCCUGAAAGAAAAGGAAGAGGCAGUGGUGGCGGCAGCAGCUGGGCUGGAGGAGGCUAGUGCGGCUGUGGCUGUGGGGGCAGGAGGUGCCCCAGCUGGCCCCGCAGUCAUUGGGCCCAGCCUGCCGCUGGCCCUGGCCAUGCCACUGCCCGAGCCUGAGCCCCUGCCCCUCCCGCUGGAAGUCGUCCGAGGCCUCCUGCCCCCACUGCGCAUUCCUGAACUCCUGUCCCUGCGUCCUCGGCCCCGGCCCCCUCGGCCAGAGCCACCCCCUGGUCUCAUGGCCCUCGAGGUCCCAGAGCCCCUGGGUGAAGACAAGAAGAAGGGGAAGCCAGAGAAAUUGAAACGCUGCAUUCGCACAGCAGCGGGGAGCAGCUGGGAGGACCCCAGCCUGCUGGAGUGGGAUGCAGAUGACUUCCGGAUCUUCUGUGGGGAUCUGGGCAAUGAGGUGAACGAUGACAUCUUGGCACGCGCCUUCAGCCGCUUCCCAUCCUUCCUUAAGGCCAAGGUGAUCCGUGACAAGCGCACAGGCAAGACCAAGGGCUACGGCUUCGUCAGCUUCAAGGACCCCAGUGACUACGUGCGCGCCAUGCGUGAGAUGAAUGGGAAGUAUGUGGGCUCACGCCCCAUCAAGCUUCGCAAGAGCAUGUGGAAGGACCGGAACCUGGACGUGGUCCGCAAGAAGCAGAAGGAAAAGAAGAAGCUGGGCCUGAGAUAGGGUCUGUGGCUGGGCACCCGUUCCCACCUGGCCGGGCGCUAGCUCCUUCCUCAGUUCUCUUUGGAAACCCCCCAGCUAUCCACCCACCCCCCCACCCCAAAACCAGUUUCAAUAAAUUUACGUUCAUUUCCA